AUGGACGACGCCGCCGCCGCGGAGCUCCGGCGGGCUGAGCCGGAACCGGAGCCGCUCUCAUUAACCGUCCGCGGGCACGAGGACGAGGCGGCCCGCGGACAUAGUGACUCGGGAGAGGACGCCCUCGCCAACGGUCACGUGGAAGCCGAGCCCGCCUCCGACUCGGCCCAAUCCCCGGGCACCAGCUACUGGAGCGUCAGCGAGGGUCCGGACCGCCCCCCGCUCCUCUCCCCGGCGCCCGGACCUUCUGGACGCGAGCCUCGGAAGCGUAGAGCCUCGCGUCCGGGCUUGAGUCGGAUCCCGGGUCGCGAUCACCGGCGGUACUACCACGAGUACUGGCGCAGCGAGUACCUGAUGGACUUUGACCCACCGCGGCAUGGCAUGAUCUGCAUGGUUUGCGGCAGCUCCCUGGCGACCCUCAAGCUGAGCACCAUCAAGCGCCACAUCCGCCAGAAACACCCCGACUCGCUGCUGUGGAGCGCCGCCGACAAGGACGUGAUCCGGUCCGGUUGGGAGAGUCACCUGAGCCUUGGAGGCGGCGGGUCAUACGGCGUCGCGCCUGCUGAAGCCUCGCCUAAGGAAGACGACCCGUUGCCGCUCUCGGACUCUUGCGCAUCUGCCGAACCCGUGACGCCUAAUCCGCCACCGGAUGACCCGAGCAACUCUCCGGGGUCCAAGGCGGGCGAGGAGGAGGCGGGUCCUUCGGCGCGCAUGCUAGAACGCUACCUGAACGCGUCGCUGCACGCCUGGUUCCGACAGGAGUUCCUGAUGGAGUACGAGGCGGAGGCGGGCCGGCUGCUUUGCAUGGUUUGCGGUGGGCGGCCGCCCACGCUGCACUUGGAGCACAUCAAGAACCACGUGCUGGAGCACCACCCCGACUCGCUGCUCUACACCUCCCACCAGAAGCACUGCGUCCUACAGGCCUGGGCUCAAACGCACGAAGAGCCAGAGAACUCUGCGCAAUCGGAAACUGACGCCGGCUGGGACGUGCGUCUGAUCGGCGAAGACGGCGGCACAGAGGCGCCUCGGCCCGGUCCCGCGCGAAGGGGGCGGCCGCCCAAGUCGGGCGCCAACGCGUGGCGUCUGCGCCUCGACUACUUGGUGGCGUUGGGGCCCCGAGGCGGCGGCUACUACUGCAUGGUGUGCUCCCGAGUGGUGCGCGGGAGCCGCGUCCGGAGCUUCCGACGACACGUGCGGGAGUGCCACCCGGAGACGGCGUCCUUCAGCCGGGAACAACGGGAAGCUGUGGCGGCGGCCUGGACUGGGGACUUCGGCGCAGAUGGAGCUCUGGCACCCAACGAAAUGAGCACCAUUGACGCCGAUGUCCUAAAUACCACCAACCCGAAUGAGGACAUCUCCCUCGACGUCCAAUCGUCAGUGAAAGAAGAGGACGAAGAUGAAGUCGGGGUGAAGGACGCCACCCCGCGUCACAGCCAUUACCCGGGGAAGGACCAGCGACGGAACUACCAGGUGCGCUGGCGCACCGACUUCCUCAUGGACUACGACUGCCGGCGGCACGGGCUCAUCUGCAUGGUGUGCGGCGCGGCGCUGGCCACGCUGAAGGUCAGCACCAUCAAGCGCCACAUCCAGCAGGUGCACGCGCACUCGCUGCGCUACGGGCCCGAAGACAGGCGGCGUGCAGCGCUCGCCUAUGAGCGCAACGCCAAACAAUUCGUCCACGCCGACGACUGCUUCCUCUUGCAAGAUCACGCGCGGACUGACGCUGCGGGGUUUUGA